AUGUUCGCUCGCAAGGUCUCCGACUUCUUUUCUGGUGGCUUCGAGGAAGGCGUUGUCCAGUCUGUCGUCUGUCUACAUUACGAGGCGCAGACGUUGCCGGCACAGCUCCAAAACGACCGCAGUCGACUGGAAGGCCUGAUUCAGACAGAAUGUGUGAGACCGCACCACGCAAACACCGAGAACACGAAUCUUCGAAAGUCCAAUCAAGAGCUCAGCAAGUCUAAUAAAGAUCUCCAUGCGCGUUUGGAGUCGGAGAAGGAACGUUCUGAGCAAACAAUAUCUGCUCACAAGGAAACCAUCAGGAGCUGGAAAUACAAGCACAACGAGCAACUUACGGUCGUUAACGAAAAAGGUUCAGGACGCCGAGAUUGCGGCAGUGAGGGAGUCCGCAGGGCAGCAGACGUGUAUGGUCUAUCAGGGAAAAGAGCUGACCGUAGGCGUCUACUGCAAGCCAACGAGAGACUUGCUGCCAAAGAGGACAAGGAUGUGGAAGAACACAACCAGCUCGUGGACGGCUAUAACGAGCUUUUGGCUGAGCAUGACAGUAUUGUUGGUGAGUUGAAGGCGCUCAAGAAAGAUCAUCGACCCCAUCAGCAGCGGAGGGGUGGCAUCCGCUCCACGCCGGCUCCAGACAACCUCGACCACAGUCAUCUCCCGUCCAGAAGAGCUUACUCUAUCAAUCAGUCUCCGUAA